AUGGCAGCUUUCCUCACUUUGUCCGCCUCUGCUGCUGUCAUUCUCCUGGUAAUUCAUGGAGGUUUGUGUGUGGAUAUCAUUGGAGGAAAAGUAGUAGAACCACACUCGAGACCAUUUAUGGCCCUAAUCCAAGCAGCAAAUGGAAAACUUAUUUGUGGAGGAACUUUGAUCAAGGAAAACUGGGUGUUAACAGCUGCCCACUGUUAUAUGGAAGGAAGCAAAGUUAUUCUUGGAGCUCAUUCAGUGAAAGCAAAAGAAAAAGAACAACAGUCUUUUCAGAUUGCAAAACAAAUUCGCUACCCACAUUACCAUGCUGGUUCUAAGGAAGGCGACAUUAUGCUGGUGCAGCUUCAGAAAAGAGCAAAGGUUACCAAAGCUGUGAAGUGCCUUCCCCUGCCUCGCUCAGAUGAAGAUCCCAAACCAGGAACAAUUUGCACAGCAGCAGGAUGGGGAAAAACUCACAAUGGGAAGGGAAUGUAUUCUGACACGCUGAGGGAGGUUAAUAUCACCGUCAUCAGUAGGCAAAUCUGCAAUGACAAAAAUCAUUAUAAACAGAAGCCUGUUAUAACAAAAAACAUGAUAUGCGCAGGGGAUAAGAAUGGAGGAAAGGACUCAUGUAAU